CAUGAGCAGAAUCCCCCUCUGUGAGGCAGGCAGCCUUCUCGCUCUGUACAGGCGCAGUGUGCGAAGUGUGUGCAGCACGGCUGACCUCCCCUCCGCACUGAAUGGACUAGAUUCCCAGCCACGUAAGAAGCACAGCGGCACCACGGGAGAGAGGAUGUCCUGCUGAAACAAGGGAUAGGCCUGGGAAAUUCGGCCGGCCGUCCCUUCCUUCCUUACAGCAGCUUACAGCAGCAGACAUACAAAACAGACGACACUUUUCUUCCACUGGACUAGACCAAGAGAAAGAGAGAGGACGUCGACUCCCGCACACAAAGAGCUAACGUUACAGCCUUUUUUUUCUCUCUCCCGGAUGGAGUUUUUCUCCUUCUGUGGUACAUGACAAUCGCCGUGCACGGAUAUGAUCCUGGGGAACAAGGCCGUGCACUGACCUGAUACUCGUUAGCAAAGGAAGCUAACUAGUUAGCUCUGCACCUGCUAGCCAUCCUAAUUUCGGCUAUAUUUAGCUAGCUUGCAGAACUUGCUUUAUAUAUUUGUUGCUCGUGCAUUUUUCUGUGCCUGCGAACUGUAUUUAACAAAUUUGUUUCCGUUUUAUGAAACGUGCCAUACUGUUAACCGGCAAGCUAGCGAACGAGCUGCGGUUUAACUCAACGUUAGCACCGUUCAUUCAUUGGAAAAGCUGACUUUUGGUCGUCUUUGUUACAGUCUUGUCGUGCCUGCUCGCGCUGCUAACGUUAGUGAAUUGCAGCAGGUCUGUGCGAAGGGUUUGUAGUCGACUCGGGGCAGUAAUUUAGUCAUUUUUCGCCUUCCCUUAUCUUUUGAAUGGAAAACAAAGGGAGCAAAUGAACUCUGAAAAAAAAAAUUAAAGACCCCUAUUUGUUGUAUGAAAACCGCCGAGCCAGCUUUGCCUGUUGAUAGUCUGCCACAUUGUGCAACAGCAAGGUGCAGUUGAAUCAAUUCCUCAGCUUGGUUGUUUUUCUCUUUGAGAUUUACUAAAGCAUCGGACGAUUUGUGAUAUUGCAUUGAGUUUACGACAAAGUGGUGCCUAAACGAGGACGUGAAGAACGAGGAGCAAGGCCCCCGAUUUGGUGGAGUUAUCGCACUUAUUCCUCAUGAACAUACAGAGGUCAAAUCCAAUUAACAUUUCACGUUAUGGGAGAUCGCGGCACAAAUCGCACGAUUUCGAAGAAUUGUCUUGUUUAAGGACUACAGAGUCGCACCAGAGUUUCAGUCCCAACCUCGGGUCCCCCAGCCCGCCGGAGACCCCGGACUCCUCGCACUGUAUCUCCCGCAUCGGGGACUACCUUUUGUUGGAGCCACUGGAGGGAGACCACGUUUUCAGAGCCGCCCACCUGCACAGUGGGGAAGAGCUCGUAUGUAAGGUUUUUGACAUUGGCCGAUACCAGGAGUCACUGGCGGCCUACUUUGCCCUGGGCCAGCACCAGCAUAUUAACCAAAUCCUGGAGAUCUUGCUCGGGGAGACUCGAGCCUAUGUGUUCUUUGAGAGAAGCUAUGGCGACAUGCACUCUUUCGUCCGAACCUGCAAGAAGUUGCGGGAGGACGAAGCUGCCAGACUCUUCUAUCAGAUAGCCUCGGCUGUGGCACAUUGCCACGACAACGGACUGGUCCUCCGUGAUCUCAAACUGAGGAAGUUUGUCUUCAAGAAUGAGGACAGAAGCCACGUGAAGCUGGAGAGCCUCGAGGACACUUAUAUCCUGGACGGUCAUGAUGACUCCCUGUCAGACAAACAUGGCUGCCCAGCCUAUGUCAGUCCCGAGAUCCUCAACGCCAAUGGCAGCUAUUCGGGGAAGGCAGCUGAUGUCUGGAGUCUGGGCGUCAUGCUUUACACUAUCCUUGUGGGGCGCUAUCCUUUCCAUGAUGUUGAGCCCGGCUCUCUGUUCAGCAAAAUCCGCAGGGGCCACUUCAACAUCCCGGAGACGCUCACACCCAAGGCCAAGUGCCUGAUCCGCUCCAUCCUCCGCCGGGAACCCGCCGAGCGCCUCACCUCUCGGGAGAUUCUGGAGCACCCCUGGUUUGCCUCCUCCGGAGCACUAGGGGGCCCUGCGGUGCACGGCAGAGGGGAGAGAGAGCAGGAGCAGCUGGUGCCUGAGGUGAACAUGGAAGAGGAGCUGGAGCAGUUCUUCCGCUGAGCAAACACCAAGCACAACACGGACGACUCCACCGCGGUCGGCUCGCCACGCUCACAGCAGAGCCAAAAACAGUAGUUUAGAGAUUAAUAGGUGAACAUUUGUCACUCAUAAUAAAGGUGUUUCCAUUCUGUUUCCUUUUCCACCAUUUCAUGGAAAACCUUGAGCCUGGCAUGACAAAUGGCAUCUAUACAGUACGUCACCUGGCCAUGCACCUCCCACUCGGGGACAUUGCCGCCAGACAUGCAAGUUGCAAACAAUGUAGCAAAUGUUUUUUGUAUCGGUUUGGUUUAAUGUGGCACUAAUAACAGUAGACACAUUCACCAUUUUUGACACUAUGGAAAGCAUGAAGGGACAUAAGAACACAGGAAACCAAGGAGAACAAUUCAAAAUGAACUGACAAAAGUGCAACACCACACUUUUUUCUUACUGAUUUAAUUUGAUUUUUUUCUUGUCAAAGCUUUAGGUGGUACCCAUUUAAACCACAGACCCAGGGUCAGGAGUCCCAACCCCAGGUUAUAUUGUUAAACAUAUACCAGGUGAAUACCCCCGGUCUGGGACCAUGGGUUAAUAAAUGGAGCAGCUUAGGCUGUAAUCGCCACCACCACCAUCAUCAUCAUCAUCAUCAACGACAUGGUUAUUGUUGUCUUUGUUUAAGUUUUGGUCUGUCUUUCAGAUUUCUUUGACAUUAUUGAUAAUUGUGACAUAAACUCCUCGACGGCCUUGUUUUCAGUUAUUUUGUAUGUUUUUGCCACUUCAGGUCUCUUAGGCCUUUACCACAUUUCAUUCACCACCUCACUUUUAUUUUUCAGAAACAGUACUUUCAGUCUAUUUGUUUUUUAAGCUAUUCCACUCUGUUGUUACUGCUGCUUUUCUAUAACUCCCUAAACCUCAAUCUUAAAACAGCUUUGUCUCUGUACGCCGCCAAACAUGGCAUCAUGCACUUGAUGUGUUGGGUGAAUGGACAAUUCCACCUCUUUAAAAUUAGCUUCCUCUUAUUUAAAUUCAUUCUUCAGUUGUAGGAUCAAGAACGUAACAUUUAUUUAAAUUGUAACAGCUAUAUAUAUAUAUAUUAUAUAUAAAUAAAUAUAUAUUUAAAAUUACAUUGCAGGGUUUUUCUUUAUUCAGAGAUUCCUUAUUCAUGUAUGAUGUAGGCAAUAUCUUGACACAGGACAGACACAAAGAGGAAAGUAUCUGUCUGAAGUUUUGGAAUACACAAUAUCUUCUGUGCCAGUAUUCCGGUGCCCCGACGGCCCAUGCCACCUGGUCUCCCUCAUUUCUUUUUUCAAAACUUGAUACGAGAUAUUCAGUGAUAGUAUUGCUAUGACAUGUCCACUCCAGGACCCCGUGUUAGUUUUCUACUGCUUGCGUAGGUUCUGUGAAACGGUCAUGCUCGGAAUGGGUACCAGUGGACAUGUUUUGUCGUAUCUCAAUGUUACUUGAAUUUGUGUUUUUAUCUAGUCAUUGGCAUGUGCCCCAUGAAUGCUAUAGCCUGCCUAGCAGGGGGGAGGGGUGGGGGGAGGAGGGUGCUUGUUUUUUAUGAAAAGUUAAAAACAUGAAAAUUCUCAAUUUGCUACUUUUCUGAGUUGCUUUUCAAUAAAAUAAAAAAAAAAACAUUUUAUUGUUUUUGUAGACAGAGCUACCUUUUUAUUUAAGUUGGUGCUGAUUUGGUGCUAAUGUUUAGUCCUUUUUGUUUCACAGAGGGGGGUGGUGCAUGGUGGGAUAUCUGCCUCAGAUGUUCUGAUUGUAUCGUAACAGAUUCUGGUGUUUUGUCCAAAUUUAUUCAGUAAAUAAAUUGUGAACUACUA